CGGCGAUGCGGCGGGGCAAGGAAGCAACUCCCGCGAGUAGUAGCAAUUACACUGGCAAACAACUACGCCAGCUAAACGUAUUAGCGGCGGCUAGGCUAGUAGGCAGGCUAGGGCGCUAGGCCAGGCCAGCCGCCGACGCCACCAACUCGGCGACGACGACGACGACGGCUCCAGCGUGGUCUACCGAUGCGGUGCGCGCGGACGACGUACUCACGUACCACCAGACCACGCCGUCUCCGUUCGUUACGUUUUCGCCCGAGCCGAGAGCGACAGGGAGGACGCCCACCCAAGUGGGGGAAGGUGGCAGCACAACACAGCGCUGAUCUCUCGCCCUCAUACCAAAAAAAAAAAAACACACAGAGAUGGUAUGGAGAACAAGGAAGGCUGGCGUUGAUUAUUAUUAUAGUCCAUUGGCAACGAGACUAGAAAGGGUCAUGCAGCAGCUGUCAUCCCAUUCCCACACCCGGAACCCUCUCUUCCAGCGCAGCGCGCGGCCACGGCCGUCGUCGGCCCCCCAUCUCUUUUGCUUGCCUGCCGUCUCCUCCCUCCCUAGUCCCUCCUACCAUAUCCUGCUCCACCUCUCCCGAGUGGAGUCCUUCCUGACUCCUGAGACCUGAGGUGGAGGAACAUGGAAGUGGAGAAGCCGCAUACUAGGAAACCCAAGGGGAGGGAGUUGUGAGGUAGAGGGACAUGGAAGUGGUGGUGACAAGUAUACUAGGAACGCCAAGGGGAGGGAGCUAGGAGGAACCGCAGGAGGUCCGGACUUUCUACGACACAAGCAGACGGCUAGGCCGGAACCGCCAGCAAGGAUCCAGGAGUCCGGGUCCGCUUUUCUCGUCCCGCCCGCAAAGAUCGAUCGGAACAACUAGCCUAGCCCUAGGCCCUAGCCCAGAGCCCUGCCCUGCGCACCAAAGCGGAGGGGAGAGACGGGAGACUAGAGAGAGCAAAUACGGUACGGUGCUUGCGUUGCGGCGGAUGGCGACCUCGUCGUCGUCCUCUGGCCCCGGCGGGCCGUACCACCACCACCGGUCGCGGUUCGGCGACACGACGCUGACCAAGGUGUUCGUGGGCGGGCUGGCGUGGGAGACGCCGUCCGAGGGGCUGCGCCACCACUUCGAGGCCUACGGCGACAUACUCGAGGCCGUCGUCAUCACCGAUCGCGAGACCGGCCGCUCAAAGGGCUACGGCUUCGUGAUUUUCCGGGACCCCGGUGCGGCGGCGCUGGCGGUGCAGAACCCGAACCCGGUGAUCGCCGGCCGUCGCGCCAACUGCAACAUUGCGGCGUUCGGCCCGCCGCGGACCGCGCAGCCGAGAGGGAGAGGAGGAGGAGGAGGUGCCGUCCGCGAGCCGCACGGGCCGGAUCAGCCGCCGCAGGGGUCGCCUUACAGCUACAGGUUGCCGUCGCAGAUGACCCCGCCUCAGGCCGCCGCGGUGUUCUACAGUCCCCAGUACGGCGGGUACUGGUACCCACCUGAUUAUUCAUACCAACAGGUGCUACAACAUUACUACCCUCAGAUGUAUGGUCCAGCCUCUCAUUCAGUACCACCCUACCAAUACAUGGGGUAUAUGCCUAGUGGCCCAAGUCCAAGUGCUGGAUUCUCACCGAUGCAGCAACCCAUGCGACCAGCGUUCUUUCAGCAGCCAACGGCACAGAUGGAUGGUUCUUUCCCACCAGGGCAUUCGCUUCCGCCUAAUUUCAGACUCCAGCUGCCCUCUCAUGCAGUCUCAAAGGAAUCUGACGAUGCAUCUGCAGGCUAUCAGUCAGCUCAGCCAACUUCAACUCCAGAUACAAUCGCAAACAACCAGGAAGAUUCGAGGCCUGUAGUGUCAGAUUCAGAUACAAACACACCAAAUUGACUUUCUAAAAAUCCUGGCAACACGAUCUGAUGUCAAUCUGAUGCAGACUAUUGGUGGUCUGUAACAGAGUCCUCAUGAUACUCUCACAUCUUGACUGAAAAAGUUUCCCAAAUAUUUGUUCUUUCAUUAUUUCUAAUUCCUUUUCUAAUUCUUGCACUGCAUUUCUUCACCGAAUCCAUUGUAUCGCUGACUGAACUUCAAGUUCAAACUUCAGUAAUUCGCUAGCAUAAGUUCCGGUGGCA